AAAGAUCUUCCUCCACCACCAACGCCAACCCAGCUUUGUCGAACUUGGACAGCCCCAUUAACAUUCUCCAAUUUCCCAUAUCUUGACAUGGUUGCUACUGGACAUAAUGUCGGCAUCGCGUUUGCGCUCAACAUCGCCGCCGGCCUCGCCACGUGCAUCGGCGGGUCGGUCGUGUUCAGCAAGAGCCUCGUGCACCUCGCGAGCCCCAAGAGUCUGUCGGUGGCGCUCUCCCUGUCAGCGGGGGUGAUGCUCUUCAUUUCGCUCGUGGAAAUCUACGGCAAGAGCGUCGAGGGGUUCACGGCGGGCCUUGGCGAGGACAACGCUGACGGCGAGUACGAAUGCGACCAGACAUGCCAGGGCAACUCGUGGCUCGCGGGUACGGCGUGCUUUGUCACGGGCUUCUGCAUCAUCUACGUCAUGGACUGGAUUGUGCACAAAAUCUCGCCCGACUUUUCUGACGAACUCGACGUGGCCGACCUGCAGGCGCUCGAAGUCGCCGUGGACCCGACGCUUCCCCACUUCCACGCCACGGGCACCCCCGUCGCCAAUUCCAAGCUCGACGACGAAAAGACCAUCAAGUUCAACGCCAAGUCCCGCCAUCAGCUCAACCGGACGGGGGUCCUCACCGCCGUGGCCAUUGCAAUCCACAAUCUCCCCGAAGGCGUCGCCACAUACAUCGCAGCCAUGCGCGACGUGCGCGUGGGGGCGGUGCUCGCCAUCGGCAUUGCGCUGCACAACAUCCCCGAGGGCAUCGCCGUGGCUACGCCCGUGUACUUUGCCACGGACAGCCGGUGCAAGGCGUUCCUGUGGACGUUCAUCUCUGCGCUGGCCGAGCCGUUGGGGGGAGUCUUGGCAUGGCUAGUCGUGGGCGAAGGACUCAACCCCGUCGUGGAGGGCGUCAUGUUCGGCAUUGUCACGGGCAUGAUGGUCACCAUUUCCAUCAAGGAGCUCAUCCCCACGGCGGUCAAGUACUGGCCCCAAGGUAGCGUCGUCACGGUUGCGAUCUUCGGCGGCAUGCUCAUCAUGGCCACCAGCUUGAUCCUCUUUGCUUACGCCGGGGUCUAAGCCAUUUGUAAUAUAUAAUAAUCGAACGAUCUCAUACUUUACAGUUAGGGCUGAAUACGAAUUCACAGGUACUAUAACAAAUUCGUACGUCACAUGUGUCCAAUCCUAGUACUAUUAGUAGUACAGCGAACUUGGUAAUAACUCGCAAGCGUGGCAUCCAUGCGCCGCACACAUCAUGUUCC